CCGGAGCAGAGCACCGGAUGGGAUGGGAGCCGUGAAACCCACAUCACUCACCACGGAUUGAGCAACCCCCCCCUCCCACACCCCGCCUACCUCCCUCCAUCCUCUCCGUCUCUCCCCAGUCUGCAGCCUCCAAUACAGCCGCCGCAUCAUUUUUUCAGAGCAGCAGCCCUCUCCCUCCCUCCCUCCAUCCUCUCUCUUCUCUCCAUCUCCCUUUCUGCUGCUUGCACCACUGUGGGAAUGCAGCGAAGGUAAACGAAUCUUAAAGGCUUAUUUUUUUCUUCUCCACCAAUUCGGGAUCUAUCAUCGCAGACAGACAGCUCUGGAAGCACACGGCUGUCACUCUGGGACAAUCAGAGCGGUGUGGCCGGCGUAGGGAUUGGACCCGGAUCAGUUGGAUUUAGCCCGUUACCCCGGACACCACCAGCACCCAGUCUCAUUGGCAGAUCACAUCAGAUCCCUUCUGCCCUGCCUCGUUUCAGUUUCGGUGUCUUUUACCGGCUCCCUCGCCACUGGAUUACCGACAGCUGGAGCGACCGAGCGGGUGGCCGGACACGGCGAACUAAGGGCAAUUCGAGGCAAACUUGAAGUAGCCGACAAAGACUCCUGCAAUAGUAAACGGAAGCUCUCUAACGUAUGUCGAAAAGGUAAAAAAACUGAAAUGAAACCUAAGAGAAUACAGAAAUAAAUAACCAAUAAUUGGUUUGUAUUUUAAAGACCCUAAUGCGGCCGAUAAUCAACCAAUUGAGAGUGGAGAACGGUGCUGCCGUAGCCUGGGUUGUUGAUCUACGCACGCACACAUGCACAUGGAUUUACAGCUCCAGUCUGAAGCGGAUCGAUAUCCCUUUCCGUUCUUUUUACGUCGGCUUUUUUUAACAAGGGAGUGAAGCAUCCUGGGAUUUAUCAUCGCUUCGUUAGCGCUUAACUACAGUGAGGCGUCCCCUCGCUUCGCUCUCUCACCUGUCCAUAACCUGUGUGCUGGUGUGUGGAAGUGUGUAUAUUCUGGUGCAUAUUUGUGUGUGUGUGUGAGAGUGUGUGUGUGUGUGUGUGUGUGAUUUUGGUUUGUUGUCCGCCAGAGGGAGUGUAGGUUAUAUUGCUUGUGUAUGCAUUUGAGUACUGUGCCAGCUUUUAAUUAGUAGCCUAGUACGUGACUGUGAGUGAUUGUGUCUGCUCAUGCUUGUGGGUGCUUGUGCAUUAGUUAAUGUUUUAUGUUUGUGCAUGUAGAUAUACAGUAUAGGCUAGGUAUUGUGUGGGGACAUACUUAAGAUGCCCAGUAUUUCUUCUGCACCACCUCCCCUUCCUCGUACGUAUAUGCCCUCGUAUCAUUUGGCCGCCUGUUUGACCUCCUGAACAGAGACGAAAAGCUCCAGCAGGAUGAGUGAGCGUUCUGGUGCAAGCAGUCUAGCAGCCAUGACGCUGGAGGAGCCAGGUGCUGAACAGGCAUCUCCCAGAGCCCAAGGCCCUCUCCGCUGUGGCCCAUGUGCUGUGUGGCCUCGCCAGCAGACCUGGCUUUGUGCCGUGCCCCUGGUAAUGGGUUUUGUUGGACUGGGACUCAGUCUCAUGCUGCUGAAAUGGAUUGUUGUGGGAUCUGUCCAAGACUAUGUCCCUACUGAUCUGGUGGAUCCCAAAGGUAGCAUUGGACAGGACCCUAUAUUUCUCUCCAAACCCAGUGCCAUGCCCAAGGGGCCCGACAUUUCCAUAGCCACCACUACUUCAGCUGCCUCCACCACAGCUAUGGUGUCGACUACCACGCCGCUAGCUGCGGAUGGUACGGCCCCAGCGCCAAGAACUCGAUCAGGGCCACCGGCAAACCACUCAGCCAAUGGCAGCACUGCCAAUGGAGAUGGCAACCGCGCCCCACACCUUCACAACCGUGUUGGCACCCGCAUUAGUGGGACUGUGGUUACAACAUCCACCACCCGCGCCACCCGACUCACCCCACCACCCAGUGGUAAGGAGGUCACCCCUCGCAGCACUGUCAGAAAAGGAAGCAGCACUGGUAAUGGACGUAAUGGAGCCGCCAACUCAAAGCCAGGGCAGACCUCGGCCACCGUCACCACUACAGCAUCCACCACAACUACAGCUACUGAGAAGACCACCGCCAAGGCGCAGCCGGCCACCUUGCAGCCGGCCACCCCGGUCAAGCCCACGUCACGCUGGAAUCACGGGCGCCCAGGCAAGGGCCCUGCCACACGCCCACACCACCGCUUCCGAACACCAGUGGCCCCCACACUUCCCAGUUUACGUUCUGAGGUCUUCAAGCCAUGUGUGGAAGACAAGGACCUGGCCUUUUGUCUAAAUGAGGGAGAGUGUUCAAUCAUCGAAACCGUGGCUGGGGUUCACAGACACUGCAGGUGUAAGGAGGGCUACCAUGGACUACGCUGUGACCAGUUUGUACCCAAGACAGAUGCUAUCUUGUCAGACCCAACGGAUGAACUUGGGAUUGAGUUCAUGGAGAGUGGUGACACCUACCAGAGGCAGGUGCUGUCCAUCUUCAGCAUUGCCUCAGGGAUCUGUCUUGUUGGAGUGGCGUGUAUGGCUCUCUACCGCCGCAACAAAAGACAUAGGGAAAAACUCCAGGCUCAUUUCUCUGAUAGCCGCAGCCUGAGGGACUGCAGUGUCAACGCCUCUGGCCUCAUGUCCAAAUCUACUCCCAGGCUCCAAUACAGCUUUCAACUCCAAAAGAGCUGCGGAUCAUCUGUUAAGGGCAACAGCAUGGCACCAGGCACAUCAGGAGUAACCCCACCUAUUCUCAGCAGAGCACUGUCUAAAGGGAAACGCUUCAGGAGUAGUUCCCUUUCACUUAGUCCUGCCCGACAACGGAGGGAAACUAAUUACUUCAGGACCCCACCCAUUUCUAGAGGGAAACAAAAAAUAUCGAAAAAUCUCAUUGAUGAAUCCAGAGUGAACGGCCUGGUCUACAAACACUUGCAAGAGGACGAUUCAACAGACAUGGAGUCCAUAAGAAGGUGUGAUUCUGCCAGUGGAAAGGUCAGUGCCUUUCUCGGCCGGACUUCACUCUCUCACUUCGCAGCCCGGAAGGGAUGGACCGAAGUCCCAUGCACCCGUCUUGAUAAGGGAACAACCUACCUUUCGCCUUCCCUGCACACCCGUUCGGUGCCCAUCAUCCCCUCACUCCAAGCGUGUGACCUCGAGGCGGGGAAUGUGGACACCAGUGAGCGGAACCAAGGGGGGCUCCUCAAGUGGCACCCCGCGCCGGCCGGUAAGACAGCGGUGUCCAUCAGCGAGUCUUCCUCACUGCCCUGUGAGACUGUUGUGCUGGAACCUGGUGUUAUACCCAACAGUGUUAACCCUCCUGCCACCAUCACAGUUACACUGGGGUCAGGGAAGAAUCUCAGCUCUGCACAAACAACCUGUUCCAUUGAAAUUGCUGUGGAACUUGCGCAGGAAUUAAAACAGAAAAGCCUUUCCAGCUACAUGAAAAUGUCUGGCUCUCAAAGCGAGAUCCACCGCGGUGACACAAACACUCUCGAGGCUGGGGCUGUGCAGGAGUCAGAAGGAAAAAGUGUCCAAUAUUCUGCCAGAGUUCUGCUCACAGGCGGUGGGACCAGAGGUUUGAAGGCAGCAGGCCAAAGAGAAGCCCAGGGACUGUGCCAAGAUCAGAUGUCCCUUGUGUAUGGAAGCGCAAAGUACUCCUUGGCCACCAAAGGACCAAGCUGCACAGGAACUGGAAACGCUUAUGUCAAGCCCUCUACAAGCUGAUUGGAUUAACUCUGUAAAGCUUCAAAUACACUGUUUUCCCAUAACUGUAUACCUUUUGCUGGUGGCACGGGAUGAUUAGCAGGUGGGACCGUUUGUGUGGCCACACAGAACAAUAACAGAUGGCUGUCGAUUUUGAAGGGACUUGAACAGAUUGAACUGUAGACGGAAAAAAAUAUUGACACAACAAAAGACAUCAAAUUAUAAAGCAACAAAGACAAACAAACACAUUGUGAAUAAAUGUGACUCAGUAAGGAAAACAAAACCGUGACUUGAGUGGGAGCUUGACUUAAAUAGUGUAUUGAAAAAAAUGCCACUAUUUAAAAGGAACUUCUACUUAGAAACCAAAAUAGUAUGUCAUCUCUAUGUUGUUUCUCUAUUGUAAAGAAAUGAAAUUAUAUAUGUCAUAUAAUAUAUGUCAUAUAGACGUACAUAUAUUUGACAUACAAUUGUGACAAAAUAAAGACUAAGAUAACAAUGUUAA